AUGGACGGCGAUCCCCAGACUCGAACUUCCAAGAACAAUGCCCAAGACGAUCCAUCUCUCGAUUGCGAGUGUCCCAUCAUCCACCGUGUUCAUUGCUAUCGUCCCGAUAUCGACGGCGAGGACCACAGUGAACACCCAGACUCAGCAGACUUUCUAGACCCACCGCGACUUUAUACAAACGACCAUCGAGGGUCAGCCUUACGCGGCCAGCACCGGCUCCCCGUGAUGCAACAGCUGCAAGGAAACAGCCCGAUCCGAAUAGUCAGAGGCUACAACUGUGCUGAUUACCACAGAACGAUCAGACAAGCUUUCGGUGCCGUCCCUCCGAGUCUAGAGUCUCGUCUCCAUAGCAAAGUUAGGCCAUACGCCUGCACCCUUGCGACUCCUGGCCCUCUUGCUAAACCGGGCUCGGAAGAGAUUGUCAUAUCGACGGGAUUGAAGACGGCGCUGAAGGACUACACAACAUCGUGUAAACCGCCUAUGGGUUAUUGGGACCCUCUUCGAGAUCUCUAUGCACCGUAUGAUUACUUCUAUCAUUUCCGCCACGAGCUACGCGAUCGAUGUGCUCCGAGCUUGCCUGAACCAGAAAAACAACAGCUUUUUCAACUGCUCCACUGCAUUGACGAGAUACAGGGCGCUAAUUUCGACAAGAUUGACAGGAACUUUGCGUGCGGCAAGGUCCAUCGAGACACUUUCAGCAAGCUCUUCGCCCCGAACGAACUCAUUGUGACCAUCGAGGAAGAUCACCCGCGUGCGUAUAUUACAAAGACUGUUAACUUGAGUUCCAAGCUUGAUAUUACCCUCAGCUGCUGGACUUGGCACUUCGACCGCAGUUUCAAAAAACAGGAUGCCACCAUAACUGUUCCAUGGCCAUCAACAAAUCCGGACGAAUUGCAGAUAAGCAGCCUCUCCACCUUCCCACUUCGACUUGACAAGACAGGCCUUCGGGAGAGGCUGAUGGCUCGUGGACGAAAAUUCUGGAGCUGUCGACACCAAAGGCUCGUAAGCUACAACGCGCCAUUCCCGACCAUCUUUGAGCUACAUGUCACAAACCCCAAAUACAUGGUGGACUACAAGACGUUCCGACAGAUUCACCCAUCCCAGUUGGAAGCGCCUUUGGCAAGUGAAAGGGAGAUGUCGGAGCAGGGUGUAACAAUGGAAGCAGAGGAGCCCCCCAACGACACCUUUUCCAUUCUCUUGCCUGCCACAAUUGUCGGGUAUGCGUUCCACGACAAGAAAUGGAGAAGCCUCCACGUCGAGCAUAUCGAGGAUGUCGUUUGGAACGAGGAAGCCUUUAGUCGCCUCGUUUUAAAGUCAAACAAGAAGGAUACCAUCAAAGCCCUCGUGAGCGUUCACUUGACCAGUGCGAAAAACGUUGACUUUGUGGAGAACAAAGGAAAUGGCCUGAUCAUGCUUCUUCAUGGGUCCCCGGGGACAGGGAAGACGUUGACAGCAGAGUCCGUGGCCGAAAUUGCAAAGAAACCCUUGUACCGCGUGACUUGUGGCGAUGUUGGAACAUCUGCCGAGGUGGUGGAAAAAUAUCUCGAGUCCGUCCUGCUCCUAGGUAGUCUCUGGGGGUGUGUUGUGCUGCUUGACGAAGCGGAUGUGUUUCUGGAGGAGAGGCAAGUUACCGAUCUUGCUCGGAAUGCUCUAGUAUCGGUAUUCUUGCGUGUAUUGGAGUACUACGAUGGCAUUCUCAUCCUCACGACCAACCGUGUCGGCACAUUCGAUGAAGCCUUCAAAUCCCGCGUUCAGCUCGCCAUACACUAUCCAGUUCUAAAUAGUGAGGACCGAUACGAGAUCUGGUGUAACUUCAUCGAGGCCAUGAACGAGAAGAAAGUGCCAAUGCUCUACGAGGAGCUCAGACGUAAGGCUUUGGUGAUGGCUCGACGUCGCUUCAACGGCCGACAGAUUCGCAAUUGCCUUUGGACGGCGACUCAAGUGGCGAAGUACAGGAACGAACCGCUAGGGUACAACCAUAUUGAGCAGGUGAUGGAUAUCUCGCUAGAGUUUGAAGACUACUUGGAAAGAACUCGCGGGCAUACAGACGAGGAGAACGCCCAAGCCCAGGGUACCAGGGCUUUUGAUCCCGAAGUCAACACGGUUCGCUCAUACUAUGGAUAUAUGAUUGUCAACAGCGCAAAGGAAAGUCUCUUGAGUCAAUCCCAACUUUCGGUGGCCAUGGGAGGCUUGACCCGGGCGGCUCUGGCGGCACGACGAAACCUGGUGGGAGCUAUUUCGCCUGCUACCGCGCCAGAGUCCAGUAUCAGCAUAGUCUCGGCCUUGUCUGAGAAUGACCAGAGAAAUACAGGAGAAGGGAGAGCACAGCAUCUCGAGACUAUAGGCUCGAAGCUCAUCAGUCCCAACAUCGAUGCCCUCAUCCAUCUCUACUACAGACACUUCCACAAAUUCCAUCCCCUGGCUGUCCCCCUUCCGCACCUCGAAAGAUUGUUGACAAUGGGCACCACCAAGCUGAACUUUCACCCAUUGCUCGCCGUGAUGCGCUUCAUCGGCUCACUGUAUGCCCACUCAGUCAACUCUGACGAGCUGAAAGCAAUUGCGACUGACGCUAUCCUCGAACUGUCGUCGCAAACCCCACCGAGCCCUGUCCUGGCACAGUGUUAUCUCUUGCAGUCGAUUUCCCUUCACUGGUGUGACGAGCUGGACCGAGCACAGGAAAUGAUGGACGCUGCGAUCCGUGUCGCCCUUCAACUUUCCAUGAACCGGGCCGACUUCGCAGUGGGCCAUGGCGAGGGUGACCCGGUCAUCGAAGAGAGCUGGAGGAGGACGUGGUGGCAGAUCUACAUCACUGACGCCCACUAUGCAGCCAUAAGGCAUGCCCCGACUUUUACAACCAAUGAGGUGGAAAUGAUGACUGAACUGCCCUGUGACGAGGAAGAAUAUGAAUCUGGGAUCAUUCCGACCCCUCGGACGCUUGUUGAUUUCGACUCCCGCGAGUUUGCAUCUGAUGAUAUCGUUUUCUCAUCUUUUGCCUAUCUUAUCGGCGCCGUCCGUGGGAUCGCCUCCUCAAUAAGCAGAUUCCUGGCAACGGUGGCUAAGUCGGGCGACUCGUCGAGUGUCUUUGAGGUCGUAGACGUUGCCAUUGACGGGUGGUUGCUCGCGCUCCCAGAAUCUAAACAGGCCUCUCUGUCUGCUGGAGGCGAAAUUGACGAACAUAUGUUCCAAGCACAUAUGGCGAUUCACGCGUGA